GUUGGGGUGUGUGGGCGACUUUGUUAGAGUAAAAUGGGUAUUUGGAAAAGUUGAUGCAUCGGUUUAAUGUUUUUCGUCGGAAUUAGUGAUGAAAGUGAAGUUUUUGUUUAAUCUUUUAAAAAUUUAGAGAAGGAUUUUGUUAAAGAAGGAGUUUUUAUAAUUGUCACGAACUAAACUUAAGGAGAGGAUUUUGCAUUUUACCCAAAAAAAAAAGAGAAAAAUACUAAUAACGUGGCGAGUCAUGGUGUGGAGUCGCCGGAAUUUUAUGGCGUGUCAAAAUGCAGACGUUCCGAAGUAGCUAUUAUGCAAACGAUUGUUUCUCCUAUAGUCAGUCUAUAACGGAUUCUCUCGCCUUCGCAUCUCGCACUGCUGGAACCACCGGACCAUUCCUUUACUUCUCUCCUUGCGGUAACCUUCGUCGCAUCUUUCGCGUUUUCGCGGCAUCGAAGAUUCUGCCAUACGCGUACCCUUAAUAUGGUGGAGAUUGAAAUGGAGGAAGUAAAAACUGCCACAGAACCAUCCAAAAUUGGUGCUUUAGUUAAUGGUAGUAGCAGUAAUGCUGAGAUGUUGCGAAAACAUCCCUUGGAAAACGGUUUUCAUGUGCUUAACAAUUUUCCUCCCAAGUAUAAGAGGCGGAAGAUCUCAGCAAACCGAGAUUUUCCCAAAGGAUGUGGACGAUUUGUGCCUAGAAUUAUUGCCAGUUCAGGAGAAGGAAAUGCUGUUGUAAAUAUUGUCAUCAAAGACUCACAAAUUGGGGUGGACAGUUCUGCUGUUUUGGAGCGUAUGCCUGCUGAUUCGGAUUUUGCCAAAGGAUAUGGAGGAAUCACACCGGGAACUGAUGACAGUCAAACAGAAGGAGAUCCUAUUGCAGUUGUUUCUGCUGUAGACUCAAAAUCUGGGGUGGAGAGUGCUGCUGUCUUAGAACCUAGCCCUGCCAUACAUGUUGGCUUUACUGAGAAUUUUGAAGCUCCUGAUUUGUUGAAUGGUUCAGGUCAGGCAGAAGAGGGUGAACCAACACAAGGGGUAGAGCCUCUGCCAAAUGCUUUGGAUCAGCCAGAACUGUUGAACACACUAAAAAAUUCAGAACCACAAGCAACCAGUAUUUUGGAAUUGCAAUCAUCUAAGAAUUUCUCAGAUCAGACUCGACCAUCCAGUCCUGUUGUUGAAGAUAAGAAUGAGAAGUUGUUAAAGAAGUAUCCUCCUCGGAGAAGAAUCUCAGCCAAUCGAGAUUUCCCACCAGGUUGUGGGAGAAAUGCUCUGUUUGUAAGUAAGGAAAUACACUUGAGAGUCAUUUCUUCAUCCAAAGGCAAGUCUUUGGUUGAUGAAAACUCCAGCAGGGAACAAAUUGGAGAUAAAAUUCAAGGUAAAAACGAUAUCAAUAGCAAAUUGAAAGGUGAUAUUACCAAUGAAGUUAAGGGAGAAGCUCAAGAUAAAUACAAAAGGGAUGUAAACAGAGAAAUGACUGAGCAGUUUGAAGAGAAAGCACCUUCUGAGAUCAGGAAUGAUGCCAAAAAAUGCAAAGAUAAAAUUCGGGAUGGAGAUGAUCAAAACAACAAAAUGAAAGGGAAUGUAAAUAAAGAAAUUGGGAAGGCUCGAGUCAGAACAGCUUCCCAGAGUAAGUUGAAACAUGAAGAUACAAAAGAAACUAACAUGAAACCUUUGAGAGAGAGUAUGUUGAACAAGUUCUCAUCAGUCAGUAAAAAAGUUGAGAGAGGGGUUGGAGCUUUGGAAGGAAAAGAGGGUAAGGAAUCAGCAAAACAUGAUAAGGACAAAAGUCAUAAGCUAAAGCUUGUGGUGGAGUCUAAAGAUGGAAGUCGGGCUACAAGUCAAUCUCAACCGGAAGGUUCUUCUGGUUCUUAUGAUAACAGGGUUAUUGUGCAGGCUCUGAUGGCUGCGCCAAACUGUCCAUGGAGGCAGGGAAGACGGGCUUUUCAAUCUACCCCAACCACUGGUACACCCAAGAAUAAAGCAAAGAAAAGUGAAAAUGGGGAGCAGGAUAAAUCUGCUUCUGCUUCCAGGAAAAGGAAAGACAGAUCAAGAGAUUCAGAAGGAAAAUCUUCGAAGAAGAAGUUCUCACCCACACACGAGACUGCUCAUGAAGAGAUGGGCCAAAUGGUUGUCAGGGAGACUGCUUACGACGAGAUGGGUGAAAUGGUUGCCAGGGAGACUUCUUAUGAAGAGAUGGAUCAAAUGGUUCUCAGGGACAAGGAAGAUUUCCUAGAGCAUGGAGAAGAAGCUGAAAAUGUCCCCAUAGUUAAAAGAUCACAGGACUUGGAGCUGAGCUUGAUUCCCUUUGGUCCUAGUACUUCAAGUGAUAAAAGUGCCCGUAACAAAGUCAGGGAGACUCUACGUCUCUUCCAAGUGAUAUUUAGAAAGCUCUUGCAUGAAGAGGAAUCAAAGUCAAAGGAUCAAGGAAAUCCUUCCAAGCGAAUUGACCUUGCAGCUUCAGGUAUUCUCAAGGAUAAAAACAAAUGGGUUAACACUGGAAAGAUCUUGGGACCUGUCCCCGGGGUUGAAGUUGGUGAUGAGUUUCAUUACAGGGUGGAACUUGCUAUUGUUGGUCUUCAUCGACCAUUUCAAGGUGGUAUAGAUUAUAUAAAUCGAGGUGGAAAAAUCCUUGCAACAAGUAUUGUUGCUAUGGCUUCUGGUGGUUAUGCAGAUGACAUGGACAGCUCUGAUGUCUUGGUAUAUUCUGGCUCAGGAGGAAAGCCAGCAACUGGAGAUAAGCAAGCCGAAGAUCAAAAGCUUGAGCGAGGAAACCUGUCACUGAAGAAUAGCAUGGAUGCAGGAACUGUUGUAAGGGUUAUUCGUGGCUAUAAAGAAAUGAAGGCCUCUGAUUCCUUGGACACCAGGGGUAAGUUUGUUGCAACAUACACCUAUGAUGGGCUGUACAAGGUUGAAAAAUUUUGGCAGGAAAAAGGACGUUAUGGCUCUUCUGUAUUUAAAUAUCAAUUGAGAAGAAUUCCAGGUCAGCCAGAGCUUGCUUUGAAAGAAGUGAAGAAGUUGAAGGAAUUAAAAGCACGUGAUGGUCUUUGUGUGCAUGACAUUUCUUAUAGGAAAGAGAAGAUUCCAAUAUGUGCUGUGAACACCAUAGAUGAUGAGAAACCUCUUCCAUUCAAGUACAUAACCAAGAUGAUAUACCCUAACUGGUACAACCCAUCUCCUCCUAGGGGUUGUGAUUGUACAGAUGGGUGCUCAGAUUCGGAGAAGUGUUCAUGUGCAGCCAAGAAUGGAGGAGAAAUCCCUUUCAACUAUAAUGGUGCUAUUGUGGAAGUAAAACCCCUUGUUUAUGAGUGCGGUCCUUCAUGCAAGUGCCCUUCAUCUUGCCAUAACAGAGUUAGCCAACAUGGCAUCAAGUUCCAGUUAGAGAUCUUCAAAUCCGAAUCCAGGGGUUGGGGUGUCAGAUCCUUAACUUCCAUUCCAUCUGGAAGUUUUAUAUGUGAGUAUAUAGGAAAGUUGCUUGAGGAUAAGGAGACUAAGCAAAGAACCAACAAUGAUGAGUAUUUAUUUGAUAUUAGGCACAAUUAUAAUGACCACACUCUUUGGGAUCAACUCUCAACUUUGGUACCAGAUUUGCAAACAAGUCCUAGUAAAGUUGUGGAGGAUGUGGGCUUCACCAUUGAUGCAGCACAAUAUGGGAAUGUAGGGAGAUUCAUCAACCGUAGUUGCUCACCUAACCUUCAUGCACAAAAUGUCCUUUAUGAUCAUGAUGACAAGAGAAUGCCUCACAUAAUGCUCUUUGCUGCUGAGAAUAUUCCUCCCUUACAAGAGUUGACAUACCAUUACAAUUAUAUGAUAGACAAGAUUCAUGAUUCUAAUGGAAACAUUAAGAAGAAAAAUUGCUACUGUGGUUCGCAUUGCACUUGGAGGAUCUACUGAGGCUGAUUUUAUCCUUGCUGAUCUUUCACUGUAUUUGAUGCAACUAAUUUGGAGGCAUUGAAGUGUAUAUUAAUAGGCCAAGCCUGUGAAUCCUCACUAGGAUUAGCCUUGCAAGCAGUUUAUUCCAAGAAGCCCAGUCUAGGGGGGAAAGAGUGGGGAAGCUAGUGUGGUAUUCUUAUUUCAAGACACUUUACAAUUCUUUCUUUGUAUAAUUUGUUAUACUACUUAAGGUUUCUUACCCAAGAAGUAUCUAAUGCUCCCUAUAAAGAGUAUGUACUUUUGCUAAACAAUGUAGGAUUACCAGUUCUUGCUUUGUCA